AUGGACACAAACGUGGACCUCAAGACGGAGUUUGAGAAGCGAUCCAAGGCGCUGGGCAUCAAGGUCGGCGGCCCCCUGCCCAACAACAACAAGGAGAACGAACACAAACCCUUCAUCUCCAGAUUCUUGACAGUCAAUACGCCACUCACCAACCACGUUCGGUCUGUGUUCCAACAGUUUGGAUCCUACGUUAUUCUGGCCUACACCAAGAACACGCUCAAUGUCUACUUCCCAGACAUCCGACACGCGGCGCUGGCCUUCUCCCGCUUUGGAGGACACAGAUCAUGUGUCUAUCAGCCUGUGGACGACACGGUCGUUAAAGCUCUGGGGAAAGUGGGCGUCCGUGUCCACGAAGGGACCGUGACCUGCAAGCCCCAGGAGUACAAUUGGUAUGCUCUCGUCGGGGAGGUCAACCGGAUCGACACCUGCCCUGACACUGGCGAUCUCAUGCUCGAGUACUACCUCUCUACUCGGGCUUACGACGCCCUCCGCAUCGACACCGACCUCAUGAAACAGUCGUCAACCUCGAGAAAGGAUGCCCAACGCGAGAAGAACAUCGUCACCAUGGCCGUCGUGCCCCGCAAAAACACCAUUGACCUCAACCGAGUUGCCAAUGGGCUGGAUACCCGCACCACUCUCAUGAUCCGAAACAUCCCCAACAAGUUCACCCAGAAGAUGCUUCAGGACUGGGUCGACGAGACGUCCAAGGGAACAUACGACUUCCUCUAUCUCCGGAUGGACUUCCGGAACCGUUGCAAGUGA